UCUUUUUGCUUGGAUAAUCUCACCAAAAAAAAUAUUUUUGGUGAUUUGACCCAACACAAAAUAAUACUCUCUCAAUAUUUUUCUGGAAAAAUAUUCUUUUCGACUUCAGUCUAUUUAAACGAUACUGUUCUAAUCAGUUGUGUAACUGUAGGAGCUUCGAGGAAGACGGACAAAGCUGAACUGAGAAUUGAGCUAUAAAGUGUUGCAAAUGGGAAAAGAAGGUGAGGAAUUGACAGAGCAAGAAACUGCCAUAUAUGAUCGUCAAAUUAGGGUUUGGGGUGUUGAUGCUCAGCGAAGGUUGAGCAAAUCUCAUAUAUUUGUCAGUGGACUGAAAGGGACUGUUAUUGAGUUCUGCAAGAACAUUGUCUUAGCCGGAGUAGGUAGUUUGACGCUAAAUGAUGAUCGACUUGUAACAGAAGAGCUACUGUCUGCUAAUUUCUUAGUUCCUUCUGAUGAAACUGUGAACCGUGGGAAAUCACUUGCUGAGCUUUGUUGUAAAUCACUGAAAGAUUUCAACCCCAUGGUUUCUGUUUCUGUUGAAAAAGGUGAUCUGGCCAGCUUCGAUGUUGAAUUCUUUCAGAAGUUUGAUGCUGUUGUCAUCAGUUGUUGCUCCCUUCUAACAAAAAAAUCAGUUAAUGCGAAGUGUCGCAAGUUGUCAAGACGUGUUGCAUUUUAUACUGUAGAAUGCCGAGAUUCCUGCGGUGAGAUAUUUGUUGACUUGCAGAAUUACAGCUACUCUAAGAAAAAGAAUGAAGAAACAAUUGAAUGCGAACUACAGUAUCCGAGUUUUGAGGAAGCCAUUGGAUUCCCCUGGAAGUCUCUACCCAAGAGAACGUCAAAGCUAUAUUUGGCCAUGAGAGUUCUAGAGAGGUUUGAAGUGCUUGAAAAGCGAAAUCCUCAAGAUACUUCUGCAGAUGACCUUCCAAAUGUUCUGAAGUUGAGGAAGGAACUUUGUGAGGCACAGUGCAUAAAUGAAUCUCAGAUCCCGGUUCCUCUCCUGCAAAGGUUGUUAGCAGCUAGAAUUGAAUUUCCUCCAGUUUGUGCCAUUAUUGGAGGAGUCCUUGGACAGGAGGUUAUAAAAGCAAUAUCUGGUAAAGGUGAUCCUCUUAAAAACUUUUUCUUGUUUGACGCCAUGGACGGCAAAGGAAUAAUAGAGGACGUAUCUAAUAUCAACAGCUGAGGACUGAGGAGCUAAGAAUUCUAUUCAGGAUGAUCAAUGGCUUGUGGUAAAAAAAUUAUCUGUAAAAUGCUAACCUGAUUUGUGGAUUUUGUUUCCUAUGGAUGAACUUCCAGUAUUUAAUUACUCAACUAACCGUAUGUUCUCUAAUUGAUAUGGACUUAGUUCAG